AUGUCGGAACAGAACAGCACCAGUGAUGGGGAUGCGGAUCCCCAUCACAGCAUGUCUAUGCUGUUGCUACUUGUGCUGGUCUUCUUCAUCAUGGGACUUGUGGGGUUCCUGAUCUGCCAUGUCCUGAAGAAAAAGGGCUAUCGCUGCCGGACCUUUCGCGAUGAGCUAGACCUGGAGCACAAGGAGGUGCUGACGGAGCUGCAGGCCAACGAAGAGGAGGAGCUGAAUGAGGACACAGUGGAGAAGAUAGUGAGAUGUAUCAUUCAGAAUGAAGCAAAUGUGGAGGCCCUGAAGGAGAUGCUGGGGGAUGGUGAAGGGGAUGUGCCAGUGCCCAUGCUCAGCCUUUGUCCACAUCGUAACAGCCAGGAUGGGGGCCUGCCACAUCACCACACAGUGCACCUUGGCUCCACACAGGCACCAUGCAUUCACUGCAGCAAGAGGAAGAGGCCCCCACUGCACCGCCAAGGCAGAUCCAAGGACGGCAAAGGCAAGAUGCACCCUAGAGAGACCACGGUCUUCUCCGUGGGCAGGUUUCAUGUGACCCACAUUGAGAAGAAGCCCAUUUUCCCGGAGCAGCAGGAUGUGUCGCUUCCUGAUGGCAGCAAGGAAGCUGGUGACAGAGACCUGGCAGCCCACAGCAAUGAACAGCUCCAUCAGGAGGAUCUGCAAAAUGGAACCAUCCAGACAGAGGGUUGUCCAAAUGGAACAGGCCAAGGGGAGGAUCCUCCCAAUGCACCAGUCAAGGCAAAUACUCCCACCAAUGGGCCAGUGGGGAAGAGGUUCGGUAAGACAGGCUCGCUGCAGGACCUUGACCUCCAAGACCUUGCCCCAGGGAAUGGACGUGACCAAAGCAAGGGGGAGGGGCUUCAGACCCCAGCACCCUGUGCUCCUGGAGUCCCUGCAGACUUGCAGGAGGAGGUGAAAUGGGCUGAGCCACACAAUGCCCUGCAGGAGGAGGCUGUGCCAGGGGCAGCUAAUGAAACGGCAGAAGUUAAAGGGAGCCAAGGUGUGCAAGAAGGAGCCCGAGCUGCCAUGGCAGGAAACAAGGAUGCCAACAGGAAAGAAUCCAGAGUGGAGGACAUAGGGCAACAGAUUUGGUUCAAGUAG